GUGUGCUUGGUCACUUUCCUCUUUCUAUUGCUGUCUUACUUUUCUCUUCUCUCCACUAAACUUUCUUCACAUUCACCAUCACAACAAACAUCUCACAAACCCCACCAUACAACAAUGCCUUCCCAACAUUUCCUCACUUUCUUCUUCUUCCUUCUCAUAUCUUGCAACACCAUCACUUCAUCAUCAUCACCACCAACACCAUCAUCACAAAAAGAUGACACUUUUGAAUUUGUUCGUCCUAUGGACAGAAAAUUAUUAGGCAUAAACAAGAAGGAAAAACUAAGUCAUUUUAAAUUCUACUGGCAUGACAUAGGGAGUGGAAAAAACCAAUCAUCAGUUAUGGUUGUUCCACCAUCAUUGAAACUAAACUCAACAACUGGUUUUGGUUUGGUCAACAUGAUUGACAACCCUUUAACUUUAGGACCAAAGUUGAGCUCUAAACUUGUUGGAAAAUCUCAAGGGUUCUAUGCAUCAGCUUGUAAAGAUGAACUUGAUUUGCUUAUGGCUAUGAAUUUGGCUUUCAUUGAAGGAAAGUAUAAUGGAAGUAGUAUUACUAUUUUGGGACGGAAUCCGGUCUUUCAUAAGGUUAGAGAGAUGCCUGUUAUUGGUGGUAGUGGACUUUUCAGAUUUGCUAGAGGUUAUGCUCAAGCUAGUACUUAUUCCUUUGAUCUCAAAUCUGGAGAUGCUGUUGUUGAGUAUAAUGUUUAUGUUUUUCACUAUUGAUUGAGUAUUAUUGUUGUUGCUGCUGUUAUUGUUUUAGGAUUGUGUUUGUGUGAGAUUUGGAUUUAUUGUGGUUAUAUUUGUAGUUGUUGUACUCAAUUGAUUUAAAUGUAUCUUUGAAUUCACAGUGAGUUUAGCAGAAUCACUGUGUGAUUUUACAUAAGUUACAUUUUCGAGCUUUAACAAAAUCACUACAUCAUCGUAGUUUCAACAAACCAAUUGUGAUAUGAAACUCGUUGGAUAGAGAUCAGAUGACUCAAAUUGUAGAUCGAUAUAUCAGAAACCGAGAAUUCUAAUUGUUCGAUAUUAGAAGCAAGGGAAGGCUUUGAAGUUAAUUCUGUAGCACUGACACCUCUGAUCCAAAAUGUAUUUAGUGUCUGACACAUGUCAAUAUCAAACAUUGACAUGACACCGACAUGUGAUGAUUUUCAAUUAUUACAUGUGUUUGCUCUUCUAUAAUCACACCUGCUAAAUUAUGCAGGUCCACUAUAAGCUCCAAGUGAAGUGAUUAUUUUCUUUUUAGUUUGGGAUGAACUUUAGAUUGGUGAAUUUUUUUGAGGUGUGCACAUCAUGUUCAUCUCAUACUUUCUUUUGGUGUAUUAAGGUGUGUAGAGCAGCAACAUGUUCAAAAAUGUUCCAAGCUUUGUCUGCAAUGUGCAGGACCAUACAAAUAAAACCAGGCAAAACCAUCAUUGUUUCUUUACUUUGAAGCCAGCACCUCAAACAUGUAUUAGCACUUUGCAGAGUUAAACAGAUCAGUGUAUUUUUAUCAAGAGGUGAAAAGUUUAGGAAAAGUAAUCCUUAUAAGUUAUACUCCCUCUGACUCUUAUUCUAAGCAAACUUUUCUUUUUUCACCACAUGUAUCUGAUUCACCGACCACCUAAUCUGGUUCGGGGUCAGUUCUACCAUCAAGUGGUUUCAGUCUCCUCCUAAUUGUAGUUGCGGGGAUAAGCAGACUUUUUCAAAUGUUAAGAAAAUUGU